AUGAUCAUGGAGGAGAAGCUCAUCAACGAAGAGUACAAGAUCUGGAAGAAAAACAGUCCUUUUCUUUAUGAUCUGGUAGUUACUCAUGCUCUUGAAUGGCCUACCUUGACCUGCCAGUGGUUUCCUGAUGUUGAACGGCCCGAAGGAAAGGACUAUGUUCUGCAUAGACUUCUUAUUGGAACACAUACCUCUGAAGGUGCACAAAAUUACUUGCAGAUCGCUCAAGUUCAACUCCCUAAUGAGAAUGUUGAAGUAAAUGGACAAAGCAACGACCAUGAACGUGGUGAUGCUGGCGGCUACGGUGGUGCUGAUUGCAAAAUCAAUAUUAUUCAAAAGAUCAAUCACGAUGGCGAAGUCAACAGAGCAAGGUAUAUGCCUCAAAACCCAGAUAUUAUUGCUACUCGCACUUGCAUGGGUCCUGUCUAUAUUUUUGAUCGCACAAAGCAUACAUCGACUCCAAGUUCUGAUGGUAUCUGCAAUCCAGAAAUCAAACUUGUCAGUCAUACCAAAGAAGGUUAUGGCAUGUCAUGGCAUUCUCGUCGCGAGGGUGACCUGCUCACUGCUUCUGAAGACACUACUAUUUGCUCUUGGGAUAUCCGCAAGUUUUCUAAAGAUAGGAAAACCAUGGAUCCAGUUCGAAAAUACACUGCGCAUACUGCUUGGGUUGAAGACGUUGCUUGGUCUGAGCUGAUCGAAUCUGUAUUUGCCUCUGUGGGUGAUGAUAGAAAAAUGAUGAUGCAAGUACCAUGUUUUUGUAUGCAGAUAUUGAUCUGGGACACACGCUCAGCCUCCUCCAGCAAGGCAUCAUUUUGUGUUGAUACUCAUUCUGCUGAAAUCAACUGUGUUGCAUUCAACCCAAAGAACGAACAUCUUCUUGCCACAGGUUCUGCCGACAAGACUGUGGCUUUGUGGGAUAUGCGCAAUCUACAACAUCGUCUGCACUCAUUCGAGUCUCACCAGGACGAAAUAUUGCAGCUUGCUUGGUCUCCUCAUAACGAAACCAUUCUUGCCAGUUCCAGUGGCGACAGAAGAUUGAAUAUUUGGGAUCUUAGCCGUAUUGGCGAGGAGCAAUCUCCAGAAGAUGCUGAGGAUGGACCACCAGAACUUCUCUUUGUACAUGGUGGCCAUACCAACAAAAUCUCAGACUUUAGCUGGAAUUCUAACGAUCCAUGGGUUCUAUGCAGUGUGGCAGAAGACAAUAUAUGUCAAGUGUGGCAGAUGGUAAUGGGUGUUUUUUGA